ACUGUACACAUAGAUUCAAUAUAUCACACUUUGAACAUUUAGAAAUAAGCUGUAUAUGGAUUGGAGGAUUGUUGAUUUUCAGUUCCGUACAGCAGAAUGGAAAAAAGGAAACAAAACAUCAGCAAAAAACAUUGCAAUACAACACGUGUACAAUUGUAUAUGACAGAUUCGUCAUAGAUAAUCCGAUAUGUAUAAACGGACGGGCAAUUUGUUACAAGACGUAUACACUGAGGAAUUUGUAGUGACAGGAAUUUCCCCACGAACAAACCACUGGAGAAAAUACGUGAGUUGACAACAUGGAUGCAGCUGUAUCUCUAACGGUAUGAACUACCGACACUUGUCAGGAACACGUGAGGCCCACACACAAUCAAUUUAUGCAGGAAGGGACAUCGCGGAAUAGAACAGUGAUUCAGAUUCUGUAACACGUGCAGGUAGGUAAGGUGUGUUCAUACACCUGUAGUCAUCUCCACACCACGAUGUGCAGACCCAGGGUAGACGGGAUGGUGAAGCUGUGGUCCGUAUGGAGGAUGCCAAGGCUAUGUCGUCUCCAUCGAUACACCCUCCUGACCGGAGCACUUCUAGUAACGCUGGUCCUCACUAACAUGCGUAUUUCUGACGUCAUGGAUGCACGAGAUGAUAGGUCAGUUCAUAGAAACGAAUGGGCUCCAUACGAUCAAACGGCACGGCAUCAAGACGUAAAGCAUGGGCGACAUGAUCAGACUACAGCAGAGAUACAGCAGCGCGUCAAACACCUACAGAACAGAUGCAGAUGGACGGAGGGAAAUGAGGGGGUGCUGCGGAGGGUAUAUGUGAGUGAAGGAGCGAAUCUGGCUUACUGCCCAGUAGCUAAAAUAGGCACGACUUUCUGGAAGAGAGUGAUCCUGUAUUUGAACAAUGACACGGGUUCAAACCACGUCCACAGUCCUUUUGAAAUACCACGAUCGUUUGUCCAUUAUGGGAAUACAACAAACACCACGGUGCUGAAGAGGGGGCAGAUCAGCGGGGCCAGUCUCAACAAGUACACUCGCAUAAUGUUUUCAAGGAACCCAUAUGCACGACUUUGGUCAGCUUAUCUUGAUAAAUUGUAUCUGCCAGAUUUCUGGAAGAGACACGCUGGUAACAUCAUUAAAACACGACAAAAUAUUACCGAGGAUGCUUUGAAAUGCCAUCAUGAUGUCACGUUCAGGGAGUUUCUGGAAAAUGUUGUUUCGGGUUCCAAAAUACGUAAAAACGAGCACUGGCAACCAAUCAAGUAUAGGUGUGACCCGUGUCAGUUCAAGCCAAACAUAGUGGGGAAAAUGGAGACGUUCAGUGAUGACGCCAGGUUCAUCCUAGAGGGAAUUGGUCGUGAGUGGAUGAUGAAAUCGUUUGACUACGAUGCGUAUGUACAGGAAGAACUCACUACUCUCAUCGACUAUAACUUUCAGUUGAGACUGGGAAGAUUUAAUCACCCGUGUUUAAAUAAGACUGAACUCGUUAGACGACUAUGGACUGUGUUCCAGUGGAAUGGCUUCCUUCCGAUGUCAACAGACGCUACAUCAGUUAUUGAACAGCUGACAAAACUGCCCAGUAUCACCAGAAAGGUGUUUAUAGGGUUUGUGUUAGACACGUAUUUGUCGGCAUCUAAGGCUGAGAGAAAGACGUGGAAGCAUCAGAGACAGCAAGCACUGGUAGCUGCGUACAGACACAUUCCCAUGCCCGUGUUGAGAUCUGUCAUGGAUCUGUUUAAGGAGGAUUUUGAAGACUUUGGAUAUAGUAAUAUACCCCCUGGAUUUGAGCUGGUUGCCCUGUAGUAGGAUGUGUUGUUGUGGUAUCGGCCAAUACCUUCAAUGGACGAGGUCGAUCCAAGUCAGGGUCUGAGACGAUGUAAACAAGUGCAUGGCAGCCGCUGCUUGUGAACAAUGUGCUCCUUGAUCCAUUGGGUAUUGUUACCUUGAGGUCGACUUCAUCAAAGAAUGACUACUUCAUUUUGACUUGUGUAUGGCAACAGCUCGGGCAUCACUGAAGUAUUAGAAUCAAUCCAACUGUUUCAAGUUACAACAGUGACUGUAAUGUUCAUACCGGACACACUGGUCUGUUAGUUCCAAUAAAGACGCUGUUUCGUUACCUAAUUUAUUAUGGCACAACAAUUUCAUGUUAAAUUGCUGUAAUAGAUAUAUUUGUAUUUACUAAUGAAAAUAAUAUUAAUCGGAAACUUCA